AUGAGAAAACAGUUGCUUGGCGGCUUUAACAUUUGCCAUACAACGGCAUCGAGUAGCAGUACAAGUGCAGUACCGCGACAGCGAGAAGAGCAGCUACCGAAACGUGAUAGUAGCAGUUAUAGUAGUGGUAACAGACCGGCACGUGAUGAAAGCGCGAUGCCACGGCGUGAUGACUCGACAGCAACGAGAAGGGCCCGUCAGGCGCCGCCGACAAAUUCGCUUUUGCCCACACCUUCUUCAGCAAGUUCCAGUGGAGCGAUGAGUGGAAAUCCUCAGAGUUCGAAGUUCAUCCCAUCACAGUCAAGUCGCGCAGCCUCCUAUGUCAGCGACAGCACGCAUCGAGCAGGCAGCACUUGGUCCGCAUCAAAUGACCAUCACAGCGGUUCAGCUUCAGCUGUGUCGGCAGCGCGUUUCCCGCAACCAUCUGGAUCAUCUAGCCGAAGCCAUCAGGACAGACAUUAUUCAUCAGCAUCAUCAUCAAGCAUGGGUCGGACGAAAUCACGUGAGCCGUUACUGAGCACACCAGAAACCAGUAGCUCAUCAUACUACAAACGUUCUCGUCCACGUCCACCAUCACCAAAUUCAACUGCUUCGUCAGCUAGCUCGCAUCGUCCGUCAUCAUCAUCACAUCGACCUCCAUCCCCUGGGAAUCGGCACAGCUCCGCUCAUCCGAGUGGCACAGCGCGACUUCUUACCACAUUACCGCCACCUCCUCCUCCGCCCUCUAACGAAGAGCUUGAAGAUGGCGAACUCUUGUAA